UAUGUUGGUGAGGCGCGGAGGAGGCGGAGUGAGUCGGCGGCCAUUAGCUGUGUGUAGUUACCGGGACUAGGAGCAUAAGUGAAGAGGGAAACCUUAUUCGGUGGAAAUCAACCGUGGCUAUGGGCUCCUGCCGGGGCUAGCCCCAGAGUACGGAGAAGGCGGGCUUUUCGGUACCCCGCCCCGCCAAGUGGCGGGGCCCACUAGGCCUUCGGGCAUCCUCGGUCUCAAGUAGGCCUUGUCUACCGGCAAGGGCGCCCCGAAGGCAGGAGGCGCCAUGUCGCUGGUUGCUUACGCCAGCAGCGAUGAGAGUGAGCCGGAUGAGGCUGAGCCCGAGCCGGAGCCGGAGGAGGCGGCGGCCCCUACAUCUGGGUCCACUUUAGGGGGCUUGUUCGCUUCUCUCCCCGCACCUAAGGGUCCUGCUUUGCUGCCUCCGCCCCCCCAAAUGCUGGCCCAAGCCUUUCCCCCCCCGCUGUUGCUGCCCCCACCCACCGGAGACCCCCGGCUCCAGCCGCCUCCCCCUUUGCCCUUCGGCCUGGGAGGAUUCCCCCCACCUCCAGGCGUGAGCCCGGCUGAAGCGGCAGGAGUUGGGGAGGGGCUGGGAUUGGGGCAGCCUUCGCCCCGAGGCCCUGGCCUCAGUCUGCCCCCCCCUAUCGGCGGUGCCGGGCCCCCCCUGGGGCUUCCCAAGCCAAAGAAGAGGACAGAGCCGGUGAAGAUUGCGGCGCCAGAGCUGCAUAAGGGGGAUUCAGAUUCUGAGGAAGAUGAACCCACAAAGAAGAAAAUUGUCCUUCAGGGAUCUGGCGAGGGGACCGGUUUGUCUGCCUUGCUUCCCCAACCUAAAAAUCUGACUGUGAAAGAGACUAACAGGUUGCUCCUGCCCCAUGCCUUCUCCCGGAAAGCCUCGGACGGCUCCUCUGACACUAGGCCCUCCAGACGGGCCUCGAAGACCAAGCCCUCCCCUCUGGCUCCUGUUGUGGGCGCCACAACCACCACUCCGUCACCCUCCGCCAUCAAGGCUGCGGCCAAGAGUGCUGCCCUGCAGGUGACAAAGCAGAUCACACAGGAGGAGGAUGACAGCGACGAGGAAGUGGCCCCCGAGAACUUUUUCUCCCUCCCUGACAAGGCCGAGCCUCCUGGAGUUGAGCCAUACCCGUACCCCAUCCCCACUCUCCCGGAAGAGCUGCCUCCAGGCACGGAACCCGAGCCUGCCUUCCAGGACGAAGCAGCCAAUGCCCCCCUUGAAUUCAAGAUGGCAGCAGGCUCAAGUGGGGCGCCUUGGAUGCCUAAGCCUGGGGAUGACUACAGCUACAGUCAGUUUUCCACAUAUGGCGACGCUAAUGCCGCUGGUGCUUAUUAUCAGGAUUAUUACAGUGGUGGCUACUAUCCUGCACAGGACCCGGCCCUGGUGCCCCCCCAGGAGAUUGCCCCAGACGCCUCCUUCAUCGAUGACGAAGCGUUUAAGCGGCUGCAGGGCAAGAGGAACCGAGGGAGGGAGGAGAUCAACUUUGUGGAGAUCAAAGGUGAUGACCAGCUCAGUGGGGCCCAGCAGUGGAUGACCAAGUCACUGACAGAAGAGAAGACCAUGAAGUCAUUCAGCAAAAAGAAAGGUGAGCAGCCAACAGGCCAGCAGCGGCGAAAACACCAGAUCACGUAUCUGAUUCAUCAGGCAAAGGAGCGGGAGCUGGAGCUGAAGAAUGCCUGGUCGGAGAACAGGCUGAGCCGCCGGCAGACCCAAGCCAAAUACGGAUUCUAGGCCUCUGACUUGGUCACUCCCGGGAUCGCCUGCAGCCCAGCCGGCCUGGCCCCCAGCUUCACCUCUGGGGCCCCAGCCCUCGUCUCUGCGAGAAUGAACAUAUUUGAUAGAUUUUUCCUAACAAAAGUUAGAAAAUUCGGCUCCUUCCUGUCUUGGAGCUAGCAAAGACUCGCGUGAUGAUGCCUCAGAACGGGCUCUGAGUUCUUGGACCAGAGUCUUGCUCCCCACUGGGUGUGAUGAAAUGUCAAACCCCUCCUUACACCCUUUUUUUUUAAACCAGGGAUGUCUGUUGAAAUAAACAUUCGGUCUGACAGAGCUGGCUGCCCUGA